UGCAGCUUCAAAUAUUAGUGUACGGAAUUAUACUACUGGUAACAACAAAAGUAGACGUAUAUGGGUUCAACUUGGCCUCGACUGACGGAACUGUACAAUAUAUGGUAUCACCUGUUGUUGCACAAUUUGGUAUCAAUUCAUCACUUCAACUACCCACCAACGUGAACAGUUCUUUCUAUGGAUACGACUUCAAAAUAAUUGUUAAUAGCGGAGGAAAUAUCAGCAUGUUGAUCGGAUCUCCAAAAAUGAUAGAUCCCGCCUCUAUGAAUUUGCAGAUAUCUGAAAGCACAAACAAAGCGGAACAAAUUGAGCCAAAAGGAAGCAUUCACGUUUGCCAACUUAAUGAGAAGAUUUUUCAAGGAAUAUCUCCAAAAUGUACCGUUAGUAAACCCACACAACCCAAAGCAGGAGACAAUUUUGGGAUAUCAAUUUCAACAACGGUUUCGGCAAAUAUCAUGUCAUGCUCGAUAACUCGAAUACAAGAUUGUGGAAAUUUGAACUACACACCGGGAUUUUGUUUCAAAUCAAACAACUUUGGUUUAACGUGGGAAAAGGAUAAAAGAACCAAAAUGCUAGGAUGUUCAAUACGAAAUAACGAACUUUUGUUUGUCUUGGAUGGAUCUGGAUCCGUUUUAAAAAAAAAUUUCCUGAUUGUCAAGAACUGGGUAAAGACUAUAACUAAAAAAUUAAACAUUGACAAAGGUGCAGUAAGAGUUGGAGUCGUUCAAUAUUCCGAAUAUGAUAAUACUUUAGAUAUUCAGAAGCAACCCCAAAUAAAAACAUAUAUUAAAAUAGGACAGUACACGGACUACCAAUCUUUUGCUGCUGCCAUGGACGAGAUACCUUUUUUAUCUGGGCUCUCAACCCAUACCGGUGAAGCCUUGAAGAAAGUUGUUUACGAUUUUAAAAAUACUGAACAUUUCAAGGAAGCAAAACAAGUUAUGGUUCUACUAACGGAUGGAAAAGCUUCCGAUACAGAAAAAUCAAUUUCAGCAAAUGCUAAAACAUUACGGGAUAUGGGAGUAACAACCUACGCCGUUGGAGUUGGAAACUAUGAAAGACGUGAACUGAGAUUAAUUGCAAAUGGUAAUCCAUUGAACGAUACUGGCGUAUUUAAAGCUAAAAACUUUGAUGCACUUGAUGCAAUCGCAAAUGAAUUACAAAAUGAAAUUGAUGAAAGUCUUGCUUUAGAAGGUUCGAAUGGGGGACAAACAACCGCUGGUUAUAAAAUGGAAUUCGGUGCAGUUGGUAUUGUUGCAGCAUACAGUACAUUAAAACCGGAGAUUCGAAGAUUGCGUAAUGAUACAAGAACCAAUUCGGUAACAAUUAUUUACUGAUAUUCAGUUAUUAAUUAAACUGAACAGGGUGUUGAUACGGUAUGGAUGUUUCCUCGACCAUUGAGCCCAGAAUAAUUCUCCCUAUAUCUUACUAUUGCAAAAAUUUAGCAUGCUUAUUUUGCGAGUGUUUUGGGAGUUGUAACUCACAAUUGGAUUUACAUGCUCAAAACCAUUCUUUUAUUAAAAUAUACAACCACGUGCCGAGUACAGGUACGAAUAGUAAAUUUUAGUCUAGUCAAUUGCAGCUUUUCUCUGACUAAUUUUUGAUUAUUGUAAAUAAACUAAAGCUCGUAGAAAGAAAUAAUGACAAUUGAAAUACUCCAUUUACAACUAAUUUUUGGCAACAUAACUGAAAACUGACAAAUAAAACAAACGCAAAACCAGGCAAUGAAUAUCUGCGAUCGAAGUGUCGUCUGAGUGGCUGCAAAAUUACAAUUGUUACGUCAUGUUUGACUUUUUGUUGAUUGGUCCUUGUUACGAAAAAUAAACAAGGAAAAAGAUGCUCGUAGAAACAUCCAUUACAAAUAUAUGUAUUGAUAUGUAGGAUGUCCAACUUGCAGCCGUAACUAUUGUAUCGUGUUUAUUUUUCCAUGUUAACUAUUUGUGUGAAGAUGUGUGUGUGUGUGUGUGAAAACAGUAUGUUUCUAGCUUGUGUGCUGUAUGUUUGGUAUGUAUGUGUCAGUUUCUAUACGCUCGCAUGUUUGCUUGGGACGACGGCCGCGGUGUAUAAUACGAGAUUUUAGGAUGGGAUACGGGAAAGACGACGAAGAUAAUUCAACUGCAAAUAUACACCUAGGUAAGUGUUUGCUAUUCCGACGAAACAAAAGGAUUUCCACUAAACAUAUUAUAUAAUUUUCAUAGGUCUGGGAAAUGUGUAGAUUUGCAGGAACAUCAACAAAGACAAGUUAAAUAAACAAAAAUAAACGAACAACGGUGUUGGAAACGACAGCAUAAUUUAUCCGGAAGAACCGAUUUCAUAACAAAUCAAUAUUCAAUCCUAGUGCUGCUAUAUGAGGAUAUCUCCAAUUUUCAAGCAUCUUUGUUCAAUAUAACAGACUAUCAAGCUAACCUUUUAUUUCAUCCAUGACAUUGCAUUAGCACGACAUAAAGUCCA